AUGUGCGCCAAAUCAACUCGAGAUGUGGCCCGAUUCCCCUGCAUUGACUCCAGAGCCAUCCCCCGUUCCCCAUUAAACAAGACCACUGGAUUGACUUCCUUCAGGCAACUCCAGAGAUGCCCCGAGAACACUGUCCCAAGACUAGAGGAACACCAACUUCAGCAGAGCAACUCGACGAAUGCUCCGUGUACCCCAAAUCGUUUCGAGAGUCAUCCCCCGUACCCCAUUAAACACCAGCAGUGGCUUGACUUCCUUCAGGCAACUCCAGAGAUGCCCCGAGAACACUGUCCCAAGUCUAGAGGAAUACGAACUUCAGCACAGCAACUCGAGGAAUGCUCCGUGUCCCACAAAUCGUCUCGAGAUGAGAGGCUCAAGACGUAUGCCAACUUUCCAGAAGCACCUCAAGGGGAGGCUUCUCUCAGCAAUAGGCUCAAGACGUAUGCCAACUUUCCAGAAGCACCUCAAGAGGAGGCUUCUCUCAGCAAUAGGCUCAAGACGUAUGCCAACUUUCCAGAAGCACCUCAAGAGGAGGCUUCUCUCAGCAAUAGGCUCAAGACGUAUGUCAACUUUCCAGAAGCACCUCAAGGGGAGGCUUCUCUCAGCAAUAGGCUCAAGACGUAUGUCAACUUUCCAGAAGCACCUCAAGGGGAGGCUUCUCUCAGCAAUAGGCUCAAGACGUAUGCCAACUUUCCAGAAGCACCUCAAGAGGAGGCUUCUCUCAGCAAUCGGCUAAAGACGUAUGCCAACUUUCCAGAAGCACCUCAAGAGGAGGCUUCUCUCAGCAAUAGGCUCAAGACGUAUGCCAACUUUCCAGAAGCACCUCAAGAGGAGGCUUCUCUCAGCAAUCGGCUCAAGACGUAUGCCAACUUUCCAGAAGCACCUCAAGAGGAGGCUUCUCUCAGCAAUAGGCUCAAGACGUAUGCCAACUUUCCAGAAGCACCUCAAGAGGAGGCUUCUCUCAGCAAUAGGCAACUCCAGAGAUGCCCCGAGAACACUGUCCCAAGUCUAGAGGAACACCAACUUCAGCACAGCAACUCGAGGAAUGCUCUGUGUACCCCAAAUCGUUUCGAGGUGGGAGCUGAUUCCCGGCUUAGGCUCAAGACAUAUGCCAACUUUCCAAAAGCACCUCCAGAGGAGGCUUCUCUCAGCAAUAGGCUCAAGACGUAUGCCAACUUUCCAGAAGCACCUCAAGAGGAGGCUUCUCUCAGCAAUAGGCUCAAGACGUAUGCCAACUUUCCAGAAGCACCUCAAGAUGAGGCUUCUCUCAGCAAUAGGCUCAAGACGUAUGCCAACUUUCCAGAAGCACCUCAAGAGGAGGCUUCUCUCAGCAAUAGGCUCAAGACGUAUGCCAACUUUCCAGAAGAACCUCAAGAGGAGGCUUCUCUCAGCAAUAGGCUCAAGACGUAUGCCAACUUUGCAGAAGCACCUCAAGGGGAGGCUUCUAUCAACAAUAGGCUCAAGACGUAUGCCAACUUUCCAGAAGCACCUCAAGAGGAGGCUUCUCUCAGCAAUAGGCUCAAGACGUAUGCCAACUUUCCAGAAGCACCUCAAGGGGAGGCUUCUCUCAACAAUAGGCUCAAGACGUAUGCCAACUUUCCAGAAGCACCUCAAGAUGAGGCUUCUCUCAGCAAUAGGCUCAAGACGUAUGCCAACUUUCCAGAAGCACCUCAAGAGGAGGCUUCUCUCAGCAAUAGGCUCAAGACGUAUGCCAACUUUCCAGAAGCACCUCAAGAGGAGGCUUCUAUCAGCAAUCGGCUCAAGACGUAUGCCAACUUUCCAGAAGCACCUCAAGAGGAGGCUUCUAUCAGCAAUCGGCUCAAGACGUAUGCCAACUUUCCAGAAGCACCUCAAGAGGAGGCUUCUCUCAGCAAUAGGCUCAAGACGUAUGCCAACUUUCCAGAAGCACCUCAAGAGGAGGCUUCUAUCAGCAAUCGGCUCAAGACGUAUGCCAACUUUCCAGAAGCACCUCAAGAGGAGGCUUCUCUCAGCAAUAGGCUCAAGACGUAUGCCAACUUUCCAGAAGCACCUCAAGGGGAGGCUUCUCUCAGCAAUAGGCUCAAGACGUAUGCCAACUUUCCAGAAGCACCUCAAGAGGAGGCUUCUCUCAGCAAUAGGUUCAAGACAUAUGCCAACUUUCCAGAAGCACCUCAAGCGGAGGAUUCUCUCAGCAAUAGGCUCAAGACGUAUGCCAACUUUCCGGAAGCACCUCAAGAGGAGGCUUCUCUCAGCAAUAGGGUCAAGACGUAUGCCAACUUUCCAGAAGCACCUCAAGGGGAGGCUUCUCUCAGCAAUAGGCUCAAGACGUAUGCCAACUUUCCGGAAGCACCUCAAGGGGAGGCUUCUCUCAGCAAUAGGCUCAAGACGUAUGCCAAAUUUCCGAAAGCACCUCAAGGGGAGGCUUCUCUCAGUAAUAGGCUCAAGACGUAUGCCAACUUUCCAGAAGCACCUCAAGGGGAGGCUUCUCUCAGCAAUAGGCUCAAGACCUAUGCCAACUUUCCAGAAGCACCUCAAGGGGAGGCUUCUCUCAGCAAUAGGCUCAAGACGUAUGCCAACUUUCCAGAAGCACCUCAAGGGGAGGCUUCUCUCAGCAAUAGGCUCAAGACGUAUGCCAACUUUCCAGAAGCACCUCAAGGGGAGGCUUCUCUCAGCAAUAGGCUCAAGACGUAUGCCAACUUUCCAGAAGCAUCUCAAGGGGAGGCUUCUCUCAGCAAUAGGCUCAAGACGUAUGCCAACUUUCCAGAAGCACCUCAAGGGGAGGCUUCUCUCAGCAAUAGGCUCAAGACGUAUGCCAAAUUUCCGGAAGCACCUCAAGGGGAGGCUUCUCUCAGUAAUAGGCUCAAGACGUAUGCCAACUUUCCAGAAGCACCUCAAGGGGAGGCUUCUCUCAGCAAUAGGCUCAAGACCUAUGCCAACUUUCCAGAAGCACCUCAAGGGGAGGCUUCUCUCAGCAAUAGGCUCAAGACGUAUGCCAACUUUCCAGAAGCACCUCAAGGGGAGGCUUCUCUCAGCAAUAGGCUCAAGACGUAUGCCAACUUUCCAGAAGCACCUCAAGGGGAGGCUUCUCUCAGCAAUAGGCUCAAGACGUAUGCCAACUUUCCAGAAGCAUCUCAAGGGGAGGCUUCUCUCAGCAAUAGGCUCAAGACGUAUGCCAACUUUCCAGAAGCACAUCAAGGGGAGGCUUCUCUCAGCAAUAGGCUCAAGACGUAUGCCAACUUUCCAGAAGCACCUCAAGGGGAGGCUUCUCUCAGCAAUAGGCUCAAGACGUAUGCCAACUUUCCAGAAGCAUCUCAAGGGGAGGCUUCCCUCAGCAAUAGGCUCAAGACGUAUGCCAACUUUCUAGAAGCACCUCAAGGGGAGGCUUCCCUCAGCAAUAGGCUCAAGACGUAUGCCAACUUUCCAGAAGCACCUCAAGGGGAGGCUUCCCUCAGCAAUAGGCUCAAGACGUAUGCCAACUUUCCAGAAGCACCUCAAGGGGAGGCUUCUCUCAGCAAUAGGCUCAAGACGUAUGCCAACUUUCCAGAAGCACCUCAAGGGGAGGCUUCUCUCAGCAAUAGGCUCAAGACGUAUGCCAACUUUCCAGAAGCACCUCAAGGGGAGGCUUCCCUCAGCAAUAGGCUCAAGACGUAUGCCAACUUUCCAGAAGCACCUCAAGGGGAGGCUUCCCUCAGCAAUAGGUUCAAGACGUAUGCCAAUUUUCCAGAAGCACCUCAAGCGGAGGAUUCUCUCAGCAAUAGGCUCAAGACGUAUGCCAACUUUCCAGAAGCACCUCAAGAGGAGGCUUCUCUCAGCAAUAGGCUCAAGACGUAUGCCAACUUUCCAGAAGCACCUCAAGAGGAGGCUUCUCUCAGCAAUAGGUUCAAGACGUAUGCCAACUUUCCAGAAGCACCUCAAGGGGAGCCUUCUCUCAGCAAUAGGCUCAAGACGUAUGCCAACUUUCCAGAAGCACCUCAAGAGGAGGCUUCUCUCAGCAAUAGGCUCAAGACGUAUGCCAACUUUCCAGAAGCACCUCAAGGGGAGGCUUCUCUCAGCAAAAGGCUCAAGACGUAUGCCAACUUUCCAGAAGCACCUCAAGGGGAGCCUUCUCUCAGCAAUAGGCUCAAGACGUAUGCCAACUUUCCAGAAGCACCUCAAGGGGAGCCUUCUCUCAGCAAUAGGCUCAAGACGUAUGCCAACUUUCCAGAAGCACCUCAAGGGGAGCCUUCUCUCAGCAAUAGGCUCAAGACGUAUGCCAACUUUCCGGAAGCACCUCAAGGGGAGGCUUCUCUCAGCAAAAGGCUCAAGACGUAUGCCAACUUUCCAGAAGCACCUCAAGAGGAGGCUUCUCUCAGCAAUAGGCUCAAGACGUAUAACAACUUUCCAGAAGCACCUCAAGAGGAGGCUUCUCUCAGCAAUCGGCUCAAGACGUAUGCCAACUUUCCAGAAGCACCUCAAGAGGAGGCUUCUCUCAGCAAUAGGCUCAAGACGUAUGCCAACUUUCCAGAAGCACCUCAAGAGGAGGCUUCUCUCAGCAAUAGGCUCAAGACGUACGCCAACUUUCCAGAAGCACCUCAAGGGGAGGCUUCUCUCAGCAAUAGGUUCAAGACGUAUGCCAACUUUCCAGAAGCACCUCAAGCGGAGGAUUCUCUCAGCAAUAGGCUCAAGACGUAUGCCAACUUUCCAGAAGCACCUCAAGAGGAGGCUUCUCUCAGCAAUAGGCUCAAGACGUAUGCCAACUUUCCAGAAGCACCUCAAGGGGAGCCUUCUCUCAGCAAUAGGCUCAAGACGUAUGCCAACUUUCCAGAAGCACCUCAAGAGGAGGCUUCUCUCAGCAAUAGGCUCAAGACGUAUGCCAACUUUCCAGAAGCACCUCAAGAGGAGGCUUCUCUCAGCAAUAGGCUCAAGACGUAUGCCAACUUUCCAGAAGCACCUCAAGAGGAGGCUUCUCUCAGCAAUAGGCUCAAGACGUAUGCCAACUUUCCAGAAGCACCUCAAGGGGAGCCUUCUCUCAGCAAUAGGCUCAAGACGUAUGCCAACUUUCCAGCAGCACCUCAAGGGGAGCCUUCUCUCAGCAAUAGGCUCAAGACGUAUGCCAACUUUCCAGCAGCACCUCAAGGGGAGCCUUCUCUCAGCAAUAGGCUCAAGACGUAUGCCAACUUUCCAGAAGCACCUCAAGGGGAGCCUUCUCUCAGCAAUAGGCUCAAGACGUAUGCCAACUUUCCAGCAGCACCUCAAGGGGAGCCUUCUCUCAGCAAUAGGCUCAAGACGUAUGCCAACUUUCCAGCAGCACCUCAAGGGGAGCCUUCUCUCAGCAAUAGGCUCAAGACGUAUGCCAACUUUCCAGAAGCACCUCAAGGGGAGCCUUCUCUCAGCAAUAGGCUCAAGACGUAUGCCAACUUUCCAGAAGCACCUCAAGGGGAGCCUUCUCUCAGCAAUAGGCUCAAGACGUAUGCCAACUUUCCAGAAGCACCUCAAGGGGAGCCUUCUCUCAGCAAUAGGCUCAAGACGUAUGCCAACUUUCCAGAAGCACCUCAAGGGGAGCCUUCUCUCAGCAAUAGGCUCAAGACGUAUGCCAACUUUCCAGAAGCACCUCAAGGGGAGCCUUCUCUCAGCAAUAGGCUCAAGACGUAUGCCAACUUUCCAGAAGCACCUCAAGGGGAGCCUUCUCUCAGCAAUAGGCUCAAGACGGAUGCCAACUUUCCAAAAGCACCUCAAGGGGAGCUUUCUAUCAGCAAUAGGCUCAAGACGUAUGCCAACUUUCCAGAAGCACCUCAAGGGGACCCUUCUCUCAGCAAUAGGCUCAAGACGUAUGCCAACUUUCCAGAAGCACCUCAAGGGGAGCCUUCUCUCAGCAAUAGGCUCAAGACGGAUGCCAACUUUCCAAAAGCACCUCAAGGGGAGCUUUCUAUCAGCAAUAGGCUCAAGACGUAUGCCAACUUUCCAGAAGCACCUCAAGGGGAGCCUUCUCUCAGCAAUAGGCUCAAGACGUAUGCCAACUUUCCAGAAGCACCUCAAGGGGAGCCUUCUCUCAGCAAUAGGCUCAAGACGUAUGCCAACUUUCCAGAAGCACCUCAAGGGGAGCCUUCUCUCAGCAAUAGGCUCAAGACGUAUGCCAACUUUCCAGAAGCACCUCAAGAGGAGGCUUCUCUCAGCAAUAGGCUCAAGACGUAUGCCAACUUUCCAGAAGCACCUCAAGAGGAGGCUUCUCUCAGCAAUAGGCUCAAGACGUAUGCCAACUUUCCAGAAGCACCUCAAGGGGAGCCUUCUCUCAGCAAGAGGCUCAAGACGUAUGCCAACUUUCCAGAAGCACCUCAGGAGGAGGCUUCUCUCAGCAAUAGGCUCAAGACGUAUGCCAACUUUCCAGAAGCACCUCAAGGGGAGCCUUCUCUCAGCAAUAGGCUCAAGACGUAUGCCAACUUUCCAGAAGCACCUCAAGAGGAGGCUUCUCUCAGCAAUAGGCUCAAGACGUAUGCCAACUUUCCAGAAGCACCUCAAGGGGAGCCUUCUCUCAGCAAUAGGCUCAAGACGGAUGCCAACUUUCCAAAAGCACCUCAAGGGGAGCUUUCUAUCAGCAAUAGGCUCAAGACGUAUGCCAACUUUCCAGAAGCACCUCAAGGGGAGCCUUCUCUCAGCAAGAGGCUCAAGACGUAUGCCAACUUUCCAGAAGCACCUCAAGGGGAGCCUUCUCUCAGCAAUAGGCUCAAGACGGAUGCCAACUUUCCAAAAGCACCUCAAGGGGAGCUUUCUAUCAGCAAUAGGCUCAAGACGUAUGCCAACUUUCCAGAAGCACCUCAAGGGGAGCCUUCUCUCAGCAAGAGGCUCAAGACGUAUGCCAACUUUCCAGAAGCACCUCAGGAGGAGGCUUCUCUCAGCAAUAGGCUCAAGACGUAUGCCAACUUUCCAGAAGCACCUCAAGGGGAGCCUUCUCUCAGCAAUAGGCAACUCGAGAGAUGCCCCGAGAACACUGUCCCAAGUCUAGAGGAAUACGAACUUCAGCACAGCAACUCGUGGAAUGCUCCGUGUACCCCAAAUCGUUUCGAGAGCCAUCUGCCGUUCCGCAUUAAACACUACCAGUGGCUUGACCUCCUUCAGACAACUCCAGAGAUGCCCCGAGAACACUGUCCCAAGUCUAGAGGAAAACCUCCUUUAGCACAGCAACUCGAGGAAUGCUUCCUGUAUGCCAAAUCUUCUCGAGUUGAGAGCUGA